AUGAGCGAAAGGGACACGGAGUCGACUGGUCAUGAAAACAAAGACAUGCUAGAGAUUUCCUCGCCGAUGGUAGGAGUGGACCAUGUCACCGCCGAUCAUGACAGCCUGUACCUGCACCAGAGGGGAUCUGGCGAGACGCUGCUCACAUUUCCAUCUGAGGAGCCAAUAACGCCAGGAGAGGUCGAUGGGAGUAAUGGGCUGCAAAUGCUGUCCGACGAAGAAAGUACUCUCUCCUCCAACCUCAUAGCAUUCUACGAAGCGUACCGCCGGGAGCCUCAGCCUUACAGUCAGGACUGCAUUAGAUCUCUGUCGGUGGGAGUGGGUAGCAGCAGCCUUGCGAGCUCCGAGAUCCUCCCCUUAAGCCAGGAGGAUCUGGGACCAAUUCCAUCGAUGCCCGGACACGCCGACCCCCGGGAUGAAGGCUUCCCCUUACCCACCACAUACGUGGACAAUAGCAAUCUAUUUGGCGACAAGGAUGGCGGUCGAGUCGCAGACGAACUAGCGCAUGCCAUUAUUACCCUGCAGCGCCAGAAGGAUCAGCUGUGUACCCAUGCCAAGCAGCGGCUCGAAGCCACCAUGUCGCUGUACGACUUUGGCGUGCUGUUUGGCAUUCUUUCCCCUCAGGCUGAGUUUCGACAGCUCCUGAAGGAUGCGCAUUCCGAGUUUUGCGCUUUGCACGGCGCCCCAACCCCACCUCCACGAGGCCCCGUUAUCGAUUAA